AUGGAGUUUACAUUUUUACUCAUUGUGAGUAGAUUUGGAGGGAUUCUGUUACUUGAUGUUUGGCUAUCAAUGUGGAAGGCAAGUAACCCAAGGGUUAGGGCAGUUCAUUCUGGAGCAGCCACAUUGAAGGAUGCUACAUCAGAAGCUAUACGGGACUGGGUGACUUAUGUGGAAUCAACCCAUUACAUCUUGGGAUCUGUUGCCGGGCCACAUCCAUACCCCAUGAUGGUAGGAGAGUUUCAUGCGGUGAUUGCUAAAGAGAUUAGGAAACAAGCAUUGGAAAAAUGGGGUGGGAAACCAGACAUUCUUUUUGCAUGUGUUGGUGGAGGUUCCAAUGCCAUGGGACUCUUUCAUGAAUUUGUUGAUGACGAAGAUGUUAGGCUGAUAGGUGUGGAAACUGCAGGUUUCGGAUUGGAUAGUGGCAAGCACACCGCUACCUUGACAAAAUGGGAGGUUGGGGUGCUACAUGGAGCUAUGAGCUACUUAUUGCAGGAUGAAGAUGGGCAAAUAGUUGAGCCCCAUUCCAUUAGUGCAGGGUAAAGAAAUCUUAUUGAUCCUUUUGUCAUUGGCCUAGCCAUGAUGUUUUCUGCCUAACUAAAAAUAGCUUGGACUACCCUGGAGUUGGACCAGAACAAAGCUUUUUGAAAGACAUAGGACAUGCUGAAUACUAUAGCAUUACGGACAAAGAGGCCUUGGAAGGUAUGGAAAUUGCAUUUAGCUUUACUUUUUAGGAUCUGCAUUAUUGCUUAUGAUGCUUAUUAAUUAUUUGGGGCUAGUUGACUGUGAUUAGUGUUCUUGUUUUGGGCCGAUUCCACAUGCACUUUUGUUGAGAGAAUUUUUGACAAAUUAUUCGCCCUCAAUCAGCCUCCAUAGUUAUCUGUAGUUAAUUGUUAUUAAAGGCCGGGGUUCCUCUCCCCACCAUUAUUCCUCCUUCAUUUCCAUUACACAGUUUUUGUGCUCUUUGCGUGCAGCUUUUAAGAGAUUAUCUCGACUGGAGGGUAUAAUCCCAGCAUUGGAGACAUCUCAUGCUCUUGCAUAUCUGGAGAAGCUGUGUCCAACCCUCUCCAAUGGAACUAAGGUUGUGCUCAAUAGCAGUGGUAAAGGAGACAAGGACGUUCAGACUGCCAUUAAAUAUUUGCAAGUUGAAUAGGAUCUACAGAAAUCUCUUUCUCAAGUGUCUCUGUUGCUUGAAAUGAGUUGUUCAUUGUAUCAAUGAAACCAAGUUUUGUUUUUUCUGUUGAAUAUGUAAGCACAAUUUUGGGACAUGGGUUAAUCUAGUCUGUCUUGUGUCUUCAAUGAA